UUGGCGAGUGAAGGUGAGCGGGAAGGAAGGCGAAAGGGUGGUUUGACACGCAUCGUCGAACACACGAAUGUCUUUAACUGCUACUAUCUUGGCGGAAUAAGGCUCUUGUCAAGCACAAGUGCACUCGUUCUAUGCGAAGAUGAAAGUGGUGGUCUUCUUAGUUGCUGUUGCAGCAACCAGAGCUUUGCCGCUCUCAAAAGUGCACGUGAAAUUUAUUUCUCCUCCGCACAUUUAUGAGCACGGUAUUACGACAGAUGGGGAUCGGACGAUAGAUCAGACGUCUUACGUCUCUAUUGGGAGAAGAAGCACAACAGGAAAUCCUACAGAAUUUGGACAACGAUUACACAACAAAGGUAACGUUGCACCAUAUAUAAAACCGGAAAAUGCAGAAUCUCUGUGGCCGGUAGGCGUUUUCAUUCCACCAGUGGAUAUCAAUGAUCUUGGUUACAGUUCGCGAGAAUCAAGGCAUAUGACACCUGACUUUUCCAACGGGCUUGAAUACCACGACCCGUAUUUAUUGACCGGUGAGGAAGCAAUGCUCGCUGUAAAAUACCUUUAUAGCCAGGGCGAGUUAUUUUACGAUGAUAUUCCACAUGAAAGAGCACUGCUGAAAAACCAAGAAGAAAGGAGGCGAAACGGCCUUCAUGGUCACAUAUUGAGAAGUUUGAGGCCUACCUCGCCAUUCUCUAGAAAAGCUUAAUGU